AUGCAUUUGGGGCGAUCUGCAGUUGCCCUCGCAGCGGGCCUCAUCGCCUCGGCUACUGCUCAGACUUACAGCGAUUGCAAUCCCAUGGAGAAGAGCUCGUGUUCCGCGGACGAAGCCCUCUCUUCCUCAACCUACUCUGUCGACUUCACCAAGGGCGCCGACGAUGACAGCUGGGAAUCCAUUGGCUCCGGAGACGUCGAAUACACCUCGAAAGGUGCCGAGUUUACCAUCAACAAAAAGGGCGAUGCUCCUACUAUCCAGACCAACUGGUACAUAUUCUUCGGUCGUCUUGAGGUCCAUUUGAAGGCGGCUUCUGGCACCGGAAUUGUUUCAUCUGCUGUUCUCCUCUCAGAUGUUCUUGAUGAAGUCGACUGGGAAUGGCUUGGUGGUAGCUCCGAGGAAGUCCAAACCAACUACUACGGCAAAGGCAACAGCACCUCCGACACACGCAGCGAAACAUUCGCAGCCGCCGGCUCCCAAACCGCUUCUCACAACUACACUAUCUACUGGACGAAAGAAACCUGCGUCUGGUAUAUCGACGGCACCGCAGUCCGAACCCUCAACUACGCCGACGCCCUCGGAGGCGAAAACUACCCCCAGACACCCAUGCGCAUCAAGCUCGGCAUCUGGGCUGGAGGCGAUUCCGAUAAUGCUGAGGGAACUAUUACUUGGGCUGGUGGAGAGACGGACUAUAGUGAUGCGCCUUUCACUAUGAUUGUUGAGAGCGUCAAGAUUGAGAACUUUAACCCGGCUGGGAGUUACACUUAUGGAGAUCAGACGGGAGAUUACGGCAGUAUUGAGUUGGAUGAGACGGACAAGUCUGCGACCAAGUCCAAGACUUCGACCAAGGCGACGACUUCAACUGACGCAUCGACUGGCACAUCAACUGAGACGACUUCUUCAACUGAGACUGCUGGUUUCCAAAACAAACAGCAAGUCGACUCAACAGCUUCUUCCGAUGUCUCCUCAGCCACCACCCCAACAGCAAGUGUCACCACGGUAGAAGGAUUCGCCGCAAUCAACCGACCAGAUGUUUGGAUUCUUCUAGGAGCGCUGGCAGCUGUAUAUAUCUAG